AUGUGGCUAUUCAAUCAUUCUCCUUUCCCAAAGCUCGAGCACUGCUCAGAGAUUCUCGUUUACCUCAAUCCCGACGCUCUAUUUGUUGUUACGUACAUGGUAUAUGUACCACCCAGUGGCCCCGAUCUCUCCCCGUACUACAAGAACUCGUUGUCUCCGGACUCAGCGUUCACACAGCGUAGAUCCUCCGUUGGUCUUGGUCCUCGUCUCUUCUCGCGUGGACAUCGACACCUGUGGUGGAUGGGGGGCGUGGCUAUUGCACAUAGGUUUGUUUGGGGGGAAGGAGGGGGAGGGCUUCAAGCAUCAGUCUCUGUUCAGCCGAUCGAAAGAACAGCCUCAAGCUUCAACGUCGGCAAAGUCGAGACGUUUGAUUAUAUUACUUACAAUGGGAAUCGUACCAUUACAGCCCUGACUCCGUAG